ACGGUCGUGCUCAUAGUUACUGAGGGUGUGGGCUUCUCCUACAACAUGAAGCAGUACUCUCCGCCGUGCAGGAACCCGUUCUGGCGUCACCUCCACAGCACUGUCCCUCCAGAACUAUACUAUUGGGCCGGGCCACCUGAUUCACUCCUUGACCUGGGCUUUGAGCUAGCCAUCACAGCACUAGGAAGACCCCAUAUGACAAUGCGGCUAGAAUGCUUCAGUCUGUAUAAAUGGCCCAAUAACCGGGGGAAGUUGCCUAGCUACCAUGGGCGAUUCUCACCGAGCCAGAGCAGCAUGCUAGGAGCAUUGGUCGGAUCCCCUCUCCAUAUCACUCGCCUUGAGAUUCGAUUCAACGCUUUUCACGGUAUGACUACGGUUGAUGCAGCGUCGCCUGCGCGAGCCUGCCCAAGAAAAGGCCUGGAUUCGUGGUUUCUUGCGCAAUACCCGGAAUCUAGAGUCCCUGUCACUCGAAAUUGAGUCCGAUACCGACCUUUACAGCAUGCUCGAAGGCGCACAGAUUCCGUCCCUGAAGUCGCUUACCCUCGGCGGACCGGCUUCCCUUCACAAGUUAUCGGAGUGGAUGGACAACAGAGCUUCAUUACCGGCACUUCAAUGUUUGAGAGUGUCGAAACUAAGGAAGAUCAACCAGAAUAACAAGGGAGUGUACGAAUAUGGCACGAGAGUUGUGUACAGCUCAAACCAGGCCGCAGAUAUGAGAUUGGAAGCAUGGGAGAUAGAGCUGAAUGAAGAGCAAGCUAAUUUUCUGAGCUUCCAUUCUACUCGACAACUCAGGAAUAAGGUCCUGGGUGGAGGAGGAAAUGCUCUCGAACAGGCGCGGGAGGAGACGGACUACGUCGAGGUAGAAUGGUAGACCCUCUUGCAUGUUCACAUAGAGUGGAAUAGAAACAUUGAAAGAAAGAAUUCCCGAAACUUGAUGAUGUGAACGCUUGAUGUGACGCGGCGCUUGACAAGUAG